AUGAAGAACCCUACUGAUGAAAAACUUGGUGUUGGUAGUUCCUCGAGAAACACCAUGGGAAAUGGCAUUGGAUAUGCCAUUGGAAAUGGCGGGAAUAAUAUAGAAACAGGUAUUGGUUAUGGCAUUGGACAGGUGGGGGUCAAUCAGGAAAUAAUAUGGGAUAUGACGUUGAAAAUGGAAACGGAUAUGGAUAUGGUAUGGGGUGUUGGGUAUGGUAUCGGACAAUCGGGAGGUCAAUCAGGAAAUAGUAUUGGGUAUGGUGUCGGACAAUCGGGAGGCCAAUCAGGAAAUAGUAUUGGGUAUGGAGUAGGACAAUCGGGAGGUCAGUCAAGAAACGGCGAUGGAUAUGGUAUUGGAAUUGGCAGCGGAGAAGGAGAAGGUGUUGGAUAUGGUGUUGGACAACCGAGGGGUCAAUCAAGAAAUAGUAUUGGAUAUGGUGUUGGACAAUAA